CUCAGCUUGCUCACAGCCCGGUUAUCUCUCUCUCAUAAGCCCUUCACAGCCGCCUCACGACAAGCAUGUCACCAGACUGAAGUUGGAGGCGAUCCCCGCGCAGAUACCCGGUUCGCCUUCCCCGGCCUUCGGAGUCGACGUUUGGCCGCCAGCCCUCGCUGAUAAAUAAGCUAAAACUUAUUUCCGCAAAGUUGUGUGCAACUACAUUUCUUCCCCCUCCGCUACGUCAGGCACCGUUCCGCCGCCCCGUCGGCGCCGCGCCCCGACGGCCGCCCGCUUCUCGUUCCCGGAGCCCGGCGCUGCUCACCGGCAUUGGACGCGUACUCCCCGAUGAAGCGCCGGGUCAGGAACCGCACCGCCAGCGCUGCGGGAAGGAAGCAAGCAAGCAGCAGGCUUGGGCACAGCUGUGCUGGGAGUGUACUUCUGAUCCAGACUGGCCUCAGCAGUGCCUUCUGCCUCCCUUGUUCCACCAAGGAUUUUGAUUGCCCCAAAACUGCAGUGGCUUUAUGUAGCUCCGGUUCUGAACUCUUUGACUCUGAAAUUAUUGCAAGACUUCCUUGAGGAUUAAUAAGACCGAAGAGAAAAAUCAGAAAUGGCAUACUUUGGAAAGGUGCCUUUCUCAGAUGAUGAAUUUCGUGAAGGACAUGCUGGAGAUGAAGCUUCUUACCCAGCAUACCAUUCUGGUUCUUAUGGAAAGGUCUAUCUAGGCUUUGAACAAAUAGUUGAUGAAGUCAACAAUGAAUUUUUUUUUUAUGGUUCAUCACACUUACAUCAUCAUGAAGAACAUUUUUUCACGUCAGAUAUCUUUAGUCAGAAUGUGCCAGAACAGCGGCUUUGCAGUCAGCCUCCAGUUGCUUGUGGUGAACUUCACUCUGAAAAUUUUGUUCCUCACUGGCAACAAGGCACAGUGUCACCAGUGAUAGGUUUCAAGUCUUCUUUACUGUCUGAUGACGGAAACUUCUCUCUGGUGGAUUCCCACCCAUAUAAUCAAGAGAGAAAAAUCUACAGAUGGAACAGUAUAACUCCAGUCACAAGUGUGUUUAAUUCAAAUGUGGAGAGAGGCAACACCUACUGGAACUUUCAGAUAGGUUUUGAUAACGUAGAUGCUCAAUGUCCUGUUUUACUGGACAGCUAUCCAUUUGGACAAGAGAGAGAUGAAAGUGGAAAUGGAGAAGCCUGUUUAACCAACAUUUCCAGAAGAUUCAGCAUAGGACCUACUUGGCCCAGCAGCCCUGGACAUGACAGGGAGGUUACAGGUUGGUCUAUCCAGCUGGUUAAGGCAAAUCAAGGGAGUAAUGAAAAUGCGGUUUCUUUUUGCAAUACAGUAGAGAAAAUAAGAAAUACCUAUCCUGCUUGUGACUUGAAGACAAACACUGGGAAGAUCUGGAGUGUUGCAACAAAGUUCCCGGACCAGGUUCUUGGUAAAUUAAGAUUCAGAAUCAGCAUCUGGACAGAUUCUUCACCGUCUCCUCUGCUUCUUACACAACAUGCUGGAUGUAUCACUCAUGACUUAAUUGUGGAGAUCCUCCAUUGCACAAAUCAAUACCCAGUCCAUGAAGAAUGUCUUCUAAGUGUUUGUGGCUCUGAUGAAUUCUUACAGAAUAAUCAUAGUUUGGGCAGCCACGAGAGUCUUCGCAAGGCAACCACUGACAUUCAUCUUCGUCUACACACCUCUACAAAUUUAAAGCAAAGUUUGGCUCGAGUGCACGAGGAUGACCAACGACAGUUCAGUGUGAAUGAGCUGUUAGAAUAUACUUGUGCUUGGAGACUGACUCGACAGAACCUUGCUGCAGCUCUUAGGAAAUAUAGAGGUCAAGUGGAGCAUCUUUUGCAAAAUGAGCCACAUACAGUUGAUUAUGUGAUUGAAGUAGCUAAAGCAAUCUGCAGUGUCCUCUGCUUUGUGGAAACCAGAGAAAUUACUAAUGCAGUCAAGAAACUCCGUACAGUGCCACUGGUGAAAACACAGGAUUCACAUCAACACAUGGAAGCACAAAAUAAAGCAUUAAUGGAAGCUGCUGUGACAGAGCUCUCCAUGGCCAUCUCUCAUCUCAUCCAUGUGUACAGCAGCAGCUUUGAUACAGAUUUUCAGGUUGUCAGCAUACCUAGAAGCCCUUCAUGUGCAGACAUCAGCCUUGAUUCCCAGCUCAGCUUCACUGUUUAUGCUGCUCAUAACAUUCCUGAAGCCUGGGUGAACAGAUACAAACAUUUUUCUUUUUCCUGUUUACUAACAUAUGCUGGGAAGACAAUAUGUCAAGUGAAGAUUUGCAGAAAUGUACCUGUUAAAAAAUCCUUCUUUUUCCUGGCAGACUGGAAUGAGAUAAUCAACUUUCCUCUACGGAUUAAGGCUCUUCCAAGGGAAACGAUGCUGACAAUAAAACUACUUGGGCUGAACCAUGCUUCUAAAACUACAGAGGCGCUUGCUUGGACGUGUUGCCCAUUGUAUCAAAAAGAGCAGCUCAUUCAUGGAACUGUGCUGCUUAGCAUGAAGUUGUACAACAUGCUUCCAGCAGCAAUGAUUACCCCAGGCAUCUGUAGUACUGAUAUGCCAAUGUCAGUAACAUUACAGAUUGAAUUUCCUGAAACUGACUUGGAGUUCAUUAACCCUGAACCUGAAGAGAGAAGAGAUGAUCUUGAAGAGCCAACUGAAGAGUGCCUGAAACAUAUUGCCAGACUUUCACAGACACAUUGUCUCUUACUACUCUCAGAGCCACAGAAAAGAAUCUUAUGGUUUUAUCGUUACUACUGCAAUAAUCAAAAUUGCUCCCUUCCUCUGGUAUUGGGCAGUGCACCCAGCUGGGAUCGAACAACUGUGUCAGAGAUGUAUUCUGUCUUGAGGAAAUGGAGAUUUUCUAACCCUGUGGAGGCACUUGGGCUUCUAACAUUCAGUUUUCCAGAUAAAGAUAUUCGCAGAACAGCAGUCCAGCAAAUAGAAAAUCUGUCAAAUGAUGAAUUGUUAGAAUACCUCCCGCAGCUGGUUCAGGUGCUCAAGUUUGAGUGGAGUCUGGAAGGCCCUCUGGUGAAACUCCUGCUGAAUCGCUCUCUUCAGAGCAUCCAAAUAGCCCAUCAGCUUUACUGGCUAUUGAAAAAUGCACAGAAUGAAGUUCAUUUCAAAAUCUGGUAUCAGAAACUACUGGCUGCUCUCCAAUUCUCUGCUGGGAAAACCUUGAACAAUGAAUUUUCUAAGGAGGGGAAACUUAUCAGAAUUUUGGAAGACAUUGCUGAAAAAGUAAAAGCUUCCAGUGACCCAAAAAGAAAGGAGGUGUUAAAGAUGGAACUUAACAGACUUCAGCAAUUCUUCCAGGAGGUAAAAGUUUGUCGACUUCCUCUGAACCCUGCACUUGUUGUGCAAGGCAUAGAAGCAGAGUCAUGUUCAUAUUUUACAUCCAAUGCUUUUCCAUUAAAAAUCUCCUUCAUCAAUGCAAAUGCUCCAAGUGGAAAUAUCAAUAUUAUUUUUAAGAUAGGCGAUGAUCUGCGUCAAGAUAUGCUGGUUCUGCAAAUUAUUCGAGUGAUGGACAACAUAUGGCUCCAAGAAGGUCUGGAUAUGCAAAUGAUAAUUUAUAGAUGUUUAUCUACAGGAAAAGGCCAAGGAUUGGUACAGAUGGUGCCAGAUGCUACCACACUAGCCAAGAUCCACAGGGAAUCUGGACUGAUAGGACCAUUGAAAGAAAACACAAUUAAAAAAUGGUUCCGUCAUCACCAUCGUCUGGAAUCCAGUUACCAAGAGGCAAUAAGGAAUUUCUUUCAUUCCUGUGCUGGCUGGUGUGUUGUCACCUUCAUUCUAGGAGUUUGUGACCGACACAAUGACAACAUAAUGUUGACAAAUGCUGGACACAUGUUUCACAUUGAUUUCGGAAGAUUUUUAGGUCAUGCACAGACAUUUGGAAGUAUAAGAAGGGAUCGAGCUCCCUUCAUCUUCACAUCAGAGAUGGAGUAUUUCAUCACAGAAGGUGGAAAAAACCCACAGCGUUUUCAAGAGUUCGUGGAGCUUUGUUGUCGAGCAUAUAAUAUAGUCAGGAAACACAGCCAGUUACUCUUGAACUUGCUGGAGAUGAUGCUGCAUGCAGGAUUGCCUGAGCUGAACGACAUUCAGGAUCUGAAAUAUGUGUAUGAUAACCUCCGUCCUCAGGACUCAGACCUCCAGGCUACGAGCUACUUUACAAGCAGGGGAUUAUUGAUGAGGAGCUGCAGAUGACCUAUAUAAAAUCAGUUUGAAGCCUGCAGUUGUGAUCUUCUGGAACGGUUCUCUGCAUUACAUAUAAUUCCAACUGUUUAUGUGAUGAUACUCUAGACGAAGCCAAUGGAAACUGAAUGGAUUUGGAAACUCACUUUUCCAUGCUAGGCACAGUAUGAGAAAGUCUGUCCCUGUCAGAGCCUGUCCUGUGCAGCACUAUGGUUUCCAAAGGACAGUAUGAAUUCACAGCAUCCUGGACACCACAUACACAUGCACAGCAAGUCCUACCCUUCUGACCUCUUCCUGCACAAGUGCAGGGCAUGUCAAGUUCACAGCACUGGACUCUGAGUCCUUUCAAAUUCAGAGUACUAAAGCACACUCUCAUAAAGCAGCACAGUUCCCUGUGCUGUGCAAACCGCCUAGAGGCAAGAGCAAUCACUCUACCCCUCAGUACAGCCACAGAGCACAUUGCAAUGAAUAAAUGGGAUGAAAGCUUCAGCUGGAGCAGCUGAGCCACUCUUAUUACCAUUACAGAUGCCCAUAUGAAGAUUUUGGCCAAUCUGAAUUGCAUUGUUUAUAUGUGUGCUUUACAUCUAUUGGAAUCCAAAAUUGCGGCUGCAGGUUUGGAGAAGGCUGAAGCAGAGACCUCGUGAGUUUAGAGAAGACCCUUUGAACAGAAAGAAUGAUGCUUCUCAAAACUGUCAUUCCAUUAUUUUAUUCAUAGCAGAACACUGAUUUUUCCCCUUUAACUUUUUUUUUUUCAGAUGCUUUCCCUCUUGCACCUUAACAAGAUUGUUUUAUUUUAAAAUUUAAUUACAGCUUCACAUUUUCUGACAACUCCUAUCUUAUCCUUUCCUUCAAAAUUUCACUUUUUCCAAAUUACAGACUUAUAUUUCUACUUCAAAUAGGAAACAUGCAGCUUCUAAUUAAAAUGUAAAAAUCUUGAUUCUGCCGUAAUCUGGGUAGCUGUUUUUGUCUCUCAUGGCUAUAAAAACCUUUUCUCUUAAUUAGUGAAAAAGGAUUGGGUUAUACAUAACGAGUAAGGAAAUGUGAGUCUUCAGAAUGAAAAUUGCAUUACUGUCUAUCGGAUCCAGUGCCCAGCACGCUUUUGGAGGUAGAAAGCAUCAGCAUACUUUUCAGUCGGGUGGUGAUAAAUUUAUGGUUAGGGUUAAACUAACAGCAGUCUUGCUUAGCCAGAAGAUAAAGGAUGAGGGCUGGAUUCAGGACAGCGCUGUAUCUCCACACACUUUCUUGGAAAGUGGGUGAGGUGGUUGUGGUGUUUUGAGGCAGAAGGAAGUGAAGGACUUCAGAGUUGUACCUGACAUUCAAGAUCUGCUUACCAAUAAAACUAGAAUCAUGCUGCAGAUCCGUACAGUGCUGUUGAUUCAGAUCAUAUUUGAAACUGUAUUUUCUGCUAAAAUGCUUUUAGUGAACACUCAGGCUGUUGUUCUCAUUUCUUGCAAUUUGUUACUGGUCGUAGUGAAUACUCUAGGGCUGUUGUUCCAGUUUCUUUCAAUUUGUUAUUGGCCAAGGAGAUCAUUAUACCAUGUAGAAAAGUCAGAUAUUACUAUGGUGCAUGUUUUCUUCUUUAAUACUCUUAGUGUAUGUUUCUAUUAUAUAUGCUCAUUUGCAAGCACAAGGUCUCUUUUCAUCAGCUCAUGAAUUUUUAUGGAUCUCCUUUUACUUCGUGCUUUUUCUUGAUUUAUUCUAAUUUCUAUUCACUUUUGAGUAUAAUCUGUGUUAAUUGAAAACACGUGUUAGCUAGCAUUUGUACAUGUUUAAACAUGGGCAGAACACCAGGUUUCAUGUCUAGUUGUAUUUUAAUUUCUGAAAAGUGUUUCCAGGCAGUCUUUGGGAUGACUUAAUACCCAGAUCCAUUCAAGACUUACCAUCUGUAUAAGCAUUUUCUGACCUACCCCCGGGAAUGUUACCAUUACCUGUGUUGACUUUAUCCUGUCCUUCAGAAAAAUUCUUCCCUACUUUCUUUUUGUACACAGAUCAGGUGAGAAAUAAUCCAAUCUCAUACUUCUCAAGAUCUCUCUGUACUUUAUUCCUGAAGCUAUUUUUCAAGUUGUCUUUGGAAAGUAAAUGAAAUUGGAAACUGUUUAUUAACAUAACUUCCAGAAGCCCUCAAGUCCUUUCUAAUUCCUAGCUGCUUUUUCUCAAUAAUUACUUUCAGAAACAUUUUAUUGCUUUGAAAAAGUUCCUUUCUAGAUAAGGAGCGUGGUCAUUGGAAUGUUAAAAACUGACAACAGAGAGUUACUGUGUGUUCUAAAUACACACUAUGUAUUGUAAUCUUUCAGAUUCUAUCAUAUAGCAUAUCUAUUCAAAAACACAAACUUCAGCUAGUGGAAAUAUGAGAAGAAUAUUUCUUUAUUUCCAUAGAAGUAGGUUGCUUUUAGCAAUUGCCUGAGUGUGAGUUGAGCAAUAAUACUGACAUUGCCUCCAUUGUUUCUUAAAAACAGCAUGAUAUGAUGGAUGAUCUCGCAAAUAUUCCUUGCAAAACAAUGUUAAUUUAUUCUUCGCCCUUCACCUUUUUGGCCAACAGAAUUAUAAUACCAGGAUUUGAACUUCAAUGUCCAAAUCCUUUCAGAAUUGUAAAAUAUUCUGUGUUUUAUCAAAUUCUUUUGCUCUCAUUCUUGACUUAAGACAUGUUUAGUAAUCUGUGGUCUCGUUUCUGUGUACUGUUCUCUUUUCACAUUGAGUCAGUUCACUAUUAUAAGCUGAUGAGCAGGAGUGUUAAACCUCACAGAUUGCAGCCUUCUGGAAGGUCGCACUGUCGAAUCAUGAAUAAACAGUGCACUGAUUGAGAGUUAAACAAGACUUUCUGUGUUUGCUUGUCAUUUCUGUGCACCUAGUGCCAAAUGAAACAUUGUUGUCUCUCCAGCAUCUGCCCUGAACUCAGUUUGAUCCUUGAAACUCAAUUUGAUUCUUUCCCCUCCCUCCUCUCCUCUUUCCCUGAAACUCAGUUUUAUCAAGGAAAGAAGAAAGCCAUUUCACUUCUGGAUAUAGAUUUCCUCUUUGGUUUUCUGCAGAUGUCUUCAAAUGUCAGCAUGGUGUCAUCUGCUGUCUGACAUUUUUAAUGUGCCUGUGAAGCAAUAUGUAUAAUAUGUAUUUAAAAUUAUUUUUAAGGGAUUAAACUUAGCCUAAUGCAAUGAACAGAGCUGAUUUCAGAUGACUGCAGUAGGCAAUCUGACUCGCUCACAGAAACCCAUGAAUAAGAGAGGCACUGUAGAUCUGACAAUUACCAUCAAAGCACCACUGCAUAUCUUCAGCCACCUGACUGAGGGGUUCUGCUUGGGUCAGCUGCCAUCUUUACUUAUUUAUUUAUCAUUUAUUCAGUACCUGUCAUUGCCCAGGUCAAACAUGUCCACUCCAAGCUGCAAAUGUCAGGCAUUGCAAAACCAGACAAUUCAUAGUAACUCCUUUCAAAAUAUGACACUAAUCUCAAACUGAUCAGACAAUCCCUGUUUCUAAGGUGGCUACAGACAUUCCAGCAGGAAAUAUUCCAAACAGCUGAAACACCAGUGACAGCUCUAAUAGGACAGAGAUGAAACUACCAUACUAAACUUUCUCUCAGCUGCACUCAAGCAGUUUUUAAAGAGAACUUAAUUAUUUCCUGUACACUAUCACAGUGAGAAAUAAGAUGUUAAACUGAAGAGUUAUCACAAAACACAAAACCAACACAGAAAGAUUAUCAAUUGCCCAUGAACAUGUGUUGGUGAAAAUCAGAAAUAUCCCUGAAAGCAGUAAGAUUCUGAAAAAGUCUGUAAAGGUCUGCUGGGGGCAUGCUUCCUAAUCUGUUUUAAAAUGGGGCCUGUUAAGUUCAUGGAUGAAAAAUUCAGAUGGAAAUGAAGUGCCUUGUUCAUUAACAUCUGAGAAUCCCACCAAGACAAAAUUUACUCUUUGUACUCCAAGCUGUAUUCAGGUGUAGAUGAAAAAGAGAAGGAUGCUAUGGUGAGUGAUUAAAAAAUGAUCAUGAAGUUUAAUGGGAGUAUUUAUUAUUAUGUAUACCAAAACUGAGAUCUGGAUAAGUAAUCAGGAGUGCAUGUGGUCUUCACAGUCUGUGAAGAAAGGCUGGUCUGUCUAGAAUGAUCUAAGCAUCAGAUCCCAGAACACCUCUCUCAUAAGAAAUGUCUACUAGCUACAAAUCAAGGUACCAGCUAUUACUAGGCACUCUUGGAACAAUUUACCAAAGUUUUCAUCCAUUUCUGUUUCACAAGGCACUGAGCUGUCUGUGCAUGUUUCACCUGAUCUUGAUAGUUCUGUAGAAAGAGUAUGAUCCAAAUCUGAAAGUCAAAGUCUGUUCAGCAGGUGAAAAAGAUAGAAAGCAUUACCUUUGAAUAAUCCCAGAUAUUUAACUCUUUUUUUCUGAGAAAUAGGUCAGACACCUAUCUGCAUGAUAGAAGAAUAUACUGUCAUACAGGGAAAAAAAAUCAUGUUGCUGCCUAAGAAUUGUGUGUUAGGAGUAUUAUGAUCCACAAUUAGUCUUACUCUAUUUAAUGACGGUUUCCUGUUUUGUUUGUUUUUCUAAUGGAUCUGUGAAUUCAAUACCUUUUGUAUAGGUAACUUCAACUCUACUACCUAUAGACCUUUAAGCACUAAUUCUUGCUUUGGCUACCAGAGUUCUGAAAUAACUUAGAAACAUAUUUUUUUACAUCUUUGUGAAGGCAGAGCUAGCUUUUGCCACAGGAAAGAUGGUAAUGACCUAGGGAGCAAGAGGAUACCUAGGAUCUCACCAAUUUCUUCACCUGCGGUAAACUUACUGUGGCUGAAGAGAAGGGAUCUCAGAGAGUUCAAGGAGCAAGUUCUAGCACAGAUUCUUAGCAUGAACUUGAAAAACGAUGUCAGAAAUGGAAAUCAGAUUACUACGAUGUAGUAAACUGGGUCAGUGGUCUAAUGCACACCAAAAAAAGAGCUGCAAAAUUUAAAAAGAUGGCAUAUGUGUUUGAUGUAUACCACUGUUCCAUAAAUAAGAAUCAGCUUUUGGAGGCUAUGGGAUAAUGAGUCUCCUUAGGCCAGUUCACCCUUGAAAGAAAAUGCAGACAACUGUAACUGGAGCUCUGCCUUGCUGUGAAGACACUGAAAUGUCAUCAAAAUUGCAAAGAGGCUUCAUUGUUCAUAACAUGACGUACGGGUUGCUUCAUGCUUUCUAUUAUAAGAGGGAAGACUGCAUACAAAAAAGAAAUAUAUAAGAGAGGGGAAAAAAUUGCAUAUAUUUUUAUUUUAUUUUAAAUGUAAGCAUUUGUAAUUACUCACUGAGUAAAGCUGCAGCAAUAACAAGAAAAGCCUCUGUUUAGAUUUAGAUAACGUAUGUUAUGAACAAUCUUGGUUUUAAAAGCAUUUUAGAAGCUUAGUGUACUCAUGGAAAAACAAACCAUUAAAAUACUGAACUGUUUAAACAGCAGUAUUCUGAUAUUAGUGAUAGAAAUGAUGUCAGAAUUAAUACUAAUUUAUAAGCAAAGGCCUUUUUUUAUGUGAAUUGAAAUGUACUAUUUUUAUUUGGAAAGUAAAUUUGACUCUCAUAAUAACAUUGCAAAUUCCCUAACUGCUUUGCUACGAUAUGGCUACAAUAUGGUUACAAAUUCUAUAUCCUAAAUCCUGUCUCUGUGAUUUAUGAAGUGUUAAAACUAUGGAUUAAAUUAAAUGCAUAAAAGUUUUUAAAAAAAGAAAUGUUUCAUGUUCAUCUCAGGUGCAGGUUAACUAAUCAGUACUGAAUUGAUUUUGUACUAAUAUUUUGAAAUGAGAUUUAUUUUCUUGUUUUCCAUUUGAGUGUUAAUUUGUGUCACUUAUUGAAUAGUCUUUAUGUAUCUGUUUCUUAAGAAUGUAGUUAAUAAGGUAAUUAACUAAAUCAAUUCAGAGAUACUUUUCAUUUUAUUACAUUAAGAAAAACAUAUACAUCUCAUUUCCUUAGUUUAGUAACCCUAA